AUAAAUUUGAAAAGGGUAUUUCUUCCAUUUUAUUUUUUAUUAAAAAAUCUAUUAUUGUUAUAACAACUUCACAAACCAAAGUACGUUUAAGGCUAUUAAUUAACCACUCUUAUUAUUUAUUUUAGUCUGCAGAAAUUGUCAUACAAAACAUAAAAUCAUAUGUUUCAACGUUUUUAAAUUGUAAGAUGUUCCCUCUCUCACGCUGAAUCUAGGGUUUUGAAACGCACGCGCUACUUCCUCACCUUGUUCAUUGAAUCUGCGCCUCAGCAGCGAAGCUUCCCGUUGACCAUCGGAGACCGCAGGAACACGAUGCUGCUCCGACCUCUUCUAUCACGAGUUCACAAUCACCAACGCGCCGGCGCCGGCGCCGCCAAUUUCUGCCUUGUUAAAAAUGUCGGACCUGCACUUGCUAAUUCGAAAGAAAAAUCUCUAGAAAAAGAAGGUGUUAUUUCCUACUUGGUGAAUUCAUGUGGUUUGUCUGCAGAAAAUGCAGUUUCCGCUUCUAAAAAGGUUCAUUUUGAUGGGACAAACAAACCAGAUUCAGUUCUGGAGUUUCUCCAGAAACAGGGGUUUAGCAAAAGCCAAAUCGGCGAGCUUGUCGCGAAACACCCGCAGGUUUUAGUGUCCAAUCCCAACAAGUCCCUUUUGCCCAAGAUUGAUUUCUUUCUGCAACUCACUGGGAUUUCUGAGAAAGAUUUUCUUACAACUGUUGCAAGUAACCCACAAUUCUUGGCAAGAAAUUUGAACCGCAGAGUAGGACCCGUUUACGAUUACCUCGAGAAUAUAAUUGGAUCUGUUAAAGUUCAGACUCUUCUCCGGCGCGGAUCGUGGACUUUCAAUCUCGAUCUCGAGAAUAAACUCAUCCCACAUGUGGAUUUCUUGAGGAAGCUCGGAGUGCCGCCUAAUUGUAUCGAAUUAGCAUUGUUUCACUGCCCUGGUAUCUUUUGGUCAAAUCAAGUCGAGUUUAAGAAAAUUGUUGAAGAGGUGAGGCAAAUGGGGUUUGAUCCGUCAAAAUCAAUGUUUAUAGUGGCAAUACAUACUCGCUCGGGGAAGGGUAAUUUAGCCUUAUGGGAUAAAUGCUACGAAGCUUAUAUUAAAUGGGGCUGGUCCAAAGAUGACAUCGAUAUGGCAUUUAGAAAGCAUCCUGGUUGUAUGCUUUUGUCCGAGAGGAAAAUAUCCAAAGUCCUCGAUUUCCUAGUCAACAAGGUGGGGCGAGAUUCCAGAUCGGUGGCACUAAGUCCAUAUGUUCUGUUCUAUAAUUUGGAGAAGAGAACAAUUCCUAGGUGCUCCGUUGUUCAUGUCUUGUAUUUGAAGGGUUUAGUUAAGAAGGAUUGGAGCUUGACUUGCGUACUUUGCCCUACGGAGAAAGCUUUCCUGGAAAAGUAUGUAACUAGAUAUGCUGAGAAACUACCUGAACUGUAUGAUAUUUAUCUAGAAAAGCUAGGGUCGUCGAAGCUUAAAUCUGUACAACAAUGUUAGCUAGCUUCUGCCUAAUAUGUUGCUCCAUCUUUUCAGUGUGAGACAUUAUUCUAGAGGAAAUAAAUAUUUUAUUUGACCUUUCCGAAAGUAGUUUUGUCCCGUGAUCCUCAGCAUUUCAUAAUUAAAUGUCAAAUAGAAUUUGGAAAAAUGCAAAAAUGCAAAAACAGAAAUACCAAUUGAUAAUAUUACUAGGCAUUCAAUUCACAACUGAAAAUAGAACAAACAAAAGUUUUACGUCAUAGAUAACAUGUGGGAAGCGUAAUAAAGUUCGAAUUUGCUAGAAAAA